ACUAGAGCUGCUGGACCAGAAAACAGAAGUUCAUCAGCUGAUCGUCUGUGCACCUUCAGACUCUGACGGGAAAGUGAGCCGGAUCGGUGACGCCAAGUGAGAGAGUAGAGGGCAGCGUGUGACGGUUGCUACUGGAGAGCGCGCGUCGAGCGCAACGAUAUUUUGACCACGGUCUUACAAUAGAGAGUAAAACAAUGAGGAUGCAGAAUUUACAUGAAACGUCUAUUAAAAAAAACAAACGCUAACCAUUGUUUUAGAGAACAAUAGCAAGAGGACACGAAGGGGAAGCAAGCCAAGUUCACCGCAUCUGGAGACGAUCUCACCAAAGGUACGCUCGCAGCUGGAAAACAUCUACCUCACCAAUCAGAACCUAUUCUCCCCACGAACUGACUGAUUGACAGACACCCGGUCCAAUCGCUGCUCACUCCCUCGCAUCCCCAGUCACCAACCUUCACACCACACGCCUACUGCCAUGGCGUCCUACAGCCCCGCCUCCACGCAGGAGCCGUCCACCAACGGCAAGUCGCCCUCGAUCCGUUCGGGAGGCUCGGGGGGGGGCGACAGUGACUCCAUGAAGCUGAAGAAGGAGAUCUCGCUGCUGAACGGCGUGUGUCUCAUCGUGGGCAACAUGAUCGGCUCGGGCAUCUUCGUCUCGCCCAAGGGGGUGCUAAUCUACAGCGCCUCCUACGGGCUGUCGCUGGUAGUGUGGACCAUCGGCGGAGUCUUCUCCGUGUUCGGGGCCCUGUGUUACGCCGAGCUGGGGACUACCAUCACCAAGUCCGGUGCCAGCUACGCCUACAUCCUGGAGGCGUUCGGCGGGUUCUUGGCUUUCAUCAGACUGUGGACCUCCCUGUUGAUCAUCGAGCCUACCGGUCAGGCCGUCAUAGCCAUCACCUUCUCCAACUACAUGGUGCAGCCGGUCUUCCCCACCUGUAUAGCGCCUUACCUGGCCAAUCGGAUGCUGGCCGCGGCUUGUAUAUGUUUGCUGACCUUCGUGAACUGUGCCUACGUGAAGUGGGGGACGCGGGUCCAGGAUUUCUUCACCUACGCCAAGGUCGUGGCCCUCAUCGCUGUUAUCAUCACCGGCCUGGUCAAGCUAGGCCAAGGUUACACCCAUAACUUUGAGGGCUUGUUCGAGGGGUCGUCCACGGACCCGGGGAACAUGGCCCUGGCUCUGUACUCCGCUCUGUUCUCCUACUCCGGCUGGGACACGCUCAACUUCGUCACGGAGGAGAUCAAGAACCCAGAGAGGAACCUGCCCCUGGCCAUCGCCAUCUCCAUGCCCAUUGUUACAAUCAUCUAUAUCCUUACCAAUGUAGCGUACUACACUGUCCUGCCCAUCCCGGCCAUCCUGGACAGUGACGCCGUGGCUGUGACGUUUGCAGACCAGGUGUUUGGGGUGAUGAACUGGACCAUCCCUUUGGCCGUGGCUCUAUCCUGCUUCGGAGGACUGAACGCUUCCAUCCUGGCUGCCUCCAGGCUGUUCUUCGUGGGCUCCAGGGAGGGUCAUCUCCCAGACUACCUGUGCAUGAUUCACGUCACCCGUUACACACCCAUCCCUGCACUGCUCUUCAACGGAGCCAUGGCGUUGGUCUACCUGUGUGUUGAGGACAUCUUUAAACUGAUCAACUACUAUAGCUUCAGCUACUGGUUCUUUGUGGGCCUCUCUAUCCUGGGGCAGCUGUACCUGCGUUGGAAACAGCCAGACAGAGUCAGACCCCUCAAGCUCAGCCUGUUCUUCCCAAUCGUCUUCUGUUUCUGCACAUUGUUCCUGGUUGUGGUUCCCAUCUACAGUGACACCAUCAACUCUCUGAUUGGCAUUGGCAUUGCCCUAUCAGGAGUCCCUGUUUACUUCCUGUGCAUCUACACUCCCGCCACCAAAAGGCCCAUCUGGCUCCGCAGGUUCUUUGCCAACUUUGGUCUGUUGAUUCAAAAGGUGUGCUUUUCUGUUGUGACUGAGUUGGAUGUCAUAGAGAAGUUGGAGUGAAGAGAAGAAACAACAUAAUAAAGACUCCCCAAAUAAAGACUCAAAGAACCUCAACCAGACCACCUCCGGGCCAGAAUCUCCCACAGGACUGCCAAUCAGAGGGCAGACAUCCAUUGGCUCAAAUUUUUGGCCAGCCAAUCAUCGCCAUGAUGUGUCGCUGUGUUCAUGUUCAUUGGACAAUGGGGUCGUUCUAUGGCCUGGAUAACAUUCCAGUUGCCUCUGACAUCACAAAGGAUGUUCCACAUUCAGGAAGAAUCAAUACUGAAUCAUUCCUGAGUCUUUCAAUGUUUUUACUCAAACACUGAUAUUUACAUGUGUAAAUGUAGGAGUAAGUUAGUGACCUACAUAGCAACUGGCCCCCCCUAAAUUAAAAUAAUGAUGAAACAAGUGAUUGAGAUACUGAAGACAUUGAGGAACGUAAUAUAAUUACUGGGAUGACUUGCUGCUGCAUGUGGGUGUUCAUCAUUGAUACAGAGCAGUGCUGAAACACAUUGUCUUUGGCACCACCGAUAGGGAAGACUAUUAAAACAAUAGAAUUUAGAGUAGUAGAAUACGUACAGGUAUCUCUACUUAGAAUUCUUCUGUUGACAAGUAAAUGUUCAUUUGUACCUGUCCUUUGUAAAUGUCUUAUCCUACAUGCUUUUAAGAUCUUUGUGAAGCAAAGGCUUGUAUUUUUAAUCAACACAUUUGGAAUAAUCUUUACUCUUUCAAUCAACUUUAUUUAAACAAAGGAAAGGGAGUGUGUAGGGUCAUGUUGAUAAAAGGUGAAUA